AUGGCGGGGUUCGAGAUGUUCGACCUCAAAGGAAGGAAACACAAGGAAUCUUCUUCGGUAAUUUUCAUUUCUUGCCGGGAAGUUUUAAUCAUUUUGUUUAAAUAACGCUAUUGAAAUCUUUUCUUUAGUCUAGAGUGCUUUUGACAGUCAUAAGUACAUUAUUAAGUAGGUAAGUGAUCGAGUAUAUUUCGUCAAUUUUCACGUCCUUCACGAAACCAGCUGAUUUUCCUCUCGAUUUAUACCUUACUUUUGUUUGGGUUGUGCCCGGUACACCAGCACACAAUGAAAAAGAUUAAAGCCAAAACGAAAGAUUAUACAGAUUCGAUAAUUUAAACACAAAACUCUCUCGUGUUCACGACAGUACACCAAGGUAAUUUUAAACUUUUAAAGGUAGGGGGAAUUUCGCUUGUUGAAGUAUAUGAAGGGGGUAGGGAAAUCUGUCAUUUCAAUCGGUAAAAAGGCCCAAAAGGGCUACUAGAUGCAUUUUAUGGCUGUGAAAAAGUCAAGAAAACGUUCUGGUUUUGUGAUUUAUUCAUAUUUUAACGACAAGGCAUUUGCAGCAGUUGAAAGGGGUGCAAACUUCUUAACUAGGUAUGUGAAAGGGGUACCAUUUGUCAAUAGAAGGUGCACAAUACAAAAGUGUUACCUUUACUGUCAAAAAUGGUAUAUAAAUGGGUAAGGGAUUGGUCCUCGGGGCAGAGCCUCCCCAUUUCAAACUUUUUGGAGUACCUAACCUGUGACAAGCACAAGACCCUAAUUAAGGCUUAAAACUGCUGAAUAGAGGGUUCAAGGACUCCUAGGGAUGUAGCAUACUGCUUUAACUCCUUGAGUCCUAGUAACACGCAGUCACCUGAUAAUUAGUUUAGAAUAUUGUUAAUUUGUUUUCAGUGACAAUGUGGAAAGAAGAGAAAUUGAAAAAGAAAGGUUACAACAUGAACUGAGAGAAAGUGAUGACAAACUUAACAGACAAGUGGAAGGUAAUAAAUUCAAAACACUACGAUUUUGUGGCUGAAGAUUGUUUAGUGUAAUAAAGAAAUUUAAAGUCAACAGAACAUUAUGUCCCACAACAUUUCUGGUUCAACUAAAUAAAUCAGUAACCUAGUCAGACAAAUGUUUUUGUUAAAAGAAAAAUUAUUUGCAGACAUGUACAUUCAAAAUACUUUUCAAAUUAAGUGAAGAUACACUGUAUACGGUUUACGAAAAGUGUAAAAUUGUGUGACUGCAUCUUGUAGCCUGCUAGACUAUUCCUGCAUUUAAAACAUAAUCAAAAUGCAAAUGUCAAGCUGAAAUUCUCCAAAAAAAAUAGACAAGGGAAUGGUAGCAGGGACUAAGGAUUGAUAGGAACUGCUGAAAAGUUCAUCAGUUUGAAGCUAAAAGAAAGGUUAAUUUCAAACAAACAGGUUGCAGUCAAGGAAAAGUGAUAUUUGUCUAAUAAUUUUCUGAGCAGUGAAAAAACCUGAAAGAGGAGGGAUGGGGAGAGUGCAGUCUUGUACAUUAUCCGGUAAUGCAAUUUGUCAGUUUUGCAAUAAUAGAAUGACUUUAACAAUAUUUUUCAGCUCAUCAAGAUAACUUGAAGUCAAGCAUUCAAACAUUUACUGGAAUCUCUACGAGAAUUGCAGGUUUUGUUUUAUUUAUUUUCAAGAAGCAUUGUUGCGGGUUCAAAAGGUCAUGGAUUGUGAUUUGUGAUUGGUGGAUUUCAAUCCGUUUUGUAUGUUUCUGUGUUUCAAGUGAGGUUUGUUCCUUGUGAUUGAAAUUAAUUAUGAUUGACAACAGGGAAAAACACAUUUGUGAAGGCAGCUUUUGAGCUUAAGAGUUUGCAUGUUUUUGAAAAGCGCAGUAAUAAUAUUGUUGUUGUUGUUGAUAGCAUCUCUUGACAAAGUGAAAAACUUAAGAGAACAUCUUCAAGCAUGCAAAUCCUUACUACACUGCAAGAGAGAAGAACUGAAGAAAUACUGGAUGGAUGGACUGGAGUAUAAUGAAGUGCUUAAUCUCCUGGAUAGAAUGUAAGGAAUAUUCUAGUAUGGUUCAUGGUAUCAUGUGCAGCUUCAUCAGGCUACAUGAAAAAGUUAACAGCAUUUGACAGCAGCAUCUAGGUUAAUAUUAGGGGUGCUUACCACGAUUUACACAGGCCACCCAACUGGAAAUCUUGUUCAUAACUCCAAUAGAACUACAAAAUUCGAGCUUGGUGGGAGAACAACCUGCUAUAAAGUCUAUCCAAACCAGCCAAACAGACUAAGGAGAGUAGAAAAAUGGCACCACCUCAAAUUACAGCCCAUAUUUUCUGAAGUUUCCCUAAUGGAAUGGCACAAACCAUUUGAUUUUCCUUCCAGAAUUUCUGGUUUUAACAUGUAAAUGGUAGAAAGUAACCAAGGUUAAUGUAGCUGGGAAUUUGACAUUCAUUGUGUCAAUAAAUUACAUGUUGCUAUGUACUGAAGUAGCGGGUCGGGGAAUUCAUAUUUCUUAUAACCAGGCAAAAUCCCUAACCUUUAAGAUCCAGUCAGUUAAAUGAGUUCAAACUUCCAUCUCCACUCUGAGGCAAUUUUGAGAUUCAGAGGCUGGAGCUGUAAUUUUUCUGUCAAGCUUGUUGUAGUUCUACUGGUUCAUUCAUGUUGUAGAAACCGCCCUUUAAUAUGUGCACGAACAUUGAAAUUUCUGAACUAUUUACUAUCAAUUUUGACUUUUGCUUACUUUUUAUAUGUUCUUAGAGACCAGGUGAAGAAUGUCCCAGAACAAAUUGAGAAAUACAAGAAAAAGAAAUAUUACCUCCAUGCUACAGAGCUUCUUGUCUCCACAGGUGAACAAUGACUCAAGGCUAGCAAUUAGAUCUUGGUUAUUAAAUUUCAAAUGAAAUUAAGAUUUGUUUAAUAAUUUGAUUUAGUUAUGUAAUGAAACUGUAUAUUAAUUAAUUAGUAUUUUGUUAUUUCCUCAAGUGCAGUAACUGUAAUAUUACCGUUUGUGAAUUUUCUUUACAAGAAGCGAUUUUUAAAUUUGUUUCUCUUCCCAGAAAGUGACAUUGAUAAUUUGAUAAAAAAAUUAAUCAACAAAUAAAUUACUUAGCCUUUAAAAUAUGAUCACUUUGAGAUUUUAAAGUGAUUUGACGUGAGCCCACAUUAAAUACCAAAAUUAAUAAUGAUAAUUAUUAUUUUAAAUACAUGAUCAAAUAAAACAAUAACUAUAUUGUGAUAUAUUACAUCUACUUUUUAUAAUUAAAAGUGUGAGCUUUAUUUUCUUGCAGUGUCACUACUUGAAGGUAGCUUAUCUGGUGUUGAAGCUUUACGGCAUCUGAGACUUGAUUUGCAGGCAAGAAAGAAGGUAAUAUGUUUUAUUUUAUUAUUUUAAAUUUUUUUUUAGCUUUGCCUGUUACUGAACAAUGAAUAGUAAAUAAAUGCUUAAAGGCAGGGGUACCAUCGCAACAGCGGUGAGCCAAUUACAAUGGUCUCAGAGCUUAAAAGAUAUGUAAGAAACAGUAAAACUUCAUGUGACAAUUAAAAACAACAACGGAGAUUGACAGAUGCAUCACAUGAAACGUUACAUGAUGGACAGAUGGUUUUCCAGGAUCGUGGGUUUGUCAUUUUGGUUCUAAACUAAUGGUAGUUUGUGGCUUAAGGGACUAAUGUCACAAUAGACAUCGCUGUUUUGGGUUAAUUUUGUGCUUAAGUCAUUAGUACUUGGUGCCUAAAACUGUACAAAAAAAUGCUCCCUUAGGAAUAUGAAGAUAAGAUAGCUAGCAAAUUUCAUCGUGGAGCACUAAUCAUAAUUAUUUUUUGGUGGUUGUUGUAUGCAUCGCAUUAAAGUCAACUUUUUCAAGUUUCAAUCCAUUUCCAUCCUUAGCUUGCCAUCUGUUGCAACAGACAACAGGAAUUUACUUAGAAUUGCAAUGCCUAAAAGUAGUCUUAAAUAACAAACUGAACUCUUAUUUUUGGAAUUCAAUUGAUGAGAAGACUAGAUUUAGCUUUUUAAAAAGAUAGCAAAUACCAUGACAUAGCCAGCCCUUUAAGCCACUUUCAGCCAUUCUUUGACAGUCAUUUGCCUUUUCCCAAAACAAAAACUGUGUGUAAAGUAAUGAAAAAAAAAAUGGUAAAAUUAAUUUCGAACAUGGUGAAAAUGCAACAAAUGAAUGAACAGGAGAAUGCAGUCCUUAUCUGCUUGCUUUUGUUGGGGUUCCUUUGACAUCCAUGUCUUGACGCAUGAUCGCUAUUGGUCCCCCUUCUCCCUGAGGCCCUGCCAGGGUAAAUUCCAACAAGCGACAUGGCCCAAAAAGUAGCGACAGCACGUAAAAUGAAAUUGUGACAAGAGACAACCUCCCUCGGCCAAAUUGCGACAGUAACGGCAAAGCCGACAAUAACUGACAAGCAUUUAUAAAACCGACACGAGACGUUUUAAAAUUCAGACGGGCGACAUGGGACCCCCCCAGGCAGGGCCUCCUCCCUCCCCCAAAGUAAUGGAAUGGUAAAAUAAUUAAUGUUGAGCUUUCUGAAUUAAAUAAUUGUUUUGAGUAAAUGUUGUUUUGCUCAAGUUAUGAGCAUGAGACAAAGACAGCAAUUGAAUGACUUGUGCUUUUUAGGUGGAGCAUGAAUUGCUGAUUAAGAAUUUGAAUACUCAUCUCUACCUGAAGUCAGAGAAGAGCAGGCAAAAAAGAACCAAACUUGCAGCUUAUAUGGCUGAUGAUAGUCUUUUGAAAGGUUUGCAUAUUUGACCAUGGCACUUUUCAUGCUUUACUACCGUAUGUUAAAUAGUGGGUCCCAAACAAAAUGAAAUGCUGAAUCUAUAAAAACAGCAAGUUAUAAUAAGAACUCUCUAGCACAUAUUAUUUUAUCAAUAUAUUAUAUAUUUUAUGGUAUAACAAACUUGAAAAUUAAGGGCAAGUUACAUGGCUGUCAGUUCAGAACUAUGAACACCAGGCCAGAACAAUCCUCCAUUCUUAAACAAACAGUGGGUCUCAAUUCUCUAUAUCCAAUGGCUUUUUUAAUCUGCCUUGGGCUAUUUUUAUAAUUAGUUCUGCUCUAAGUUGUUACUGUACAUGUGGCUCUUUCUGUUUCCUUUUGUAAUUAAUUUAAGCGUACCUUUUGAGAACUUCUUAGUCUUUACUGUUCAUGUAUUCUUAUUUUGUCAGUGUCAUCCUCCAGUGUUUCUGGAGUCUUCAAGAAAUCGCACACACGAACUGCGUCAAGUAAGACAACACAUUUGCUAUUCUUACCCCUUAAUUAAAAACCUUACUUCAGACUAAAAGUAAAACUUGUUAUUAGAUGGUGCAACUGCUGAUUUGUUUAGGCUGCAAAUGCUGCUGUAAUUUAUGUUAAAAAAUUCCAAUAUACCCCAUAACUAUAAUUUUUGUUCUCUGGUCAGUGCUUUUGAGGGAGGGGGUAAACCAUAUAAUGGCCUAUACAGGGAGACAGUGCAUUUAUAGCAGGUAAAGGGAUGCAAAGGUCUAAGGUACAGGGUACAUGUGGGUAUGUGAAAGGGGUACCAUUUGUCAAUAGAAGGUAUGUGAAAGGUGUACAAGAAUGGUAUAUUAAAGGUUAAGGGGUUGGGCUGUGGUGUGGAGCCUCCCUGCAUAAAACCUUUUGGAGUACUUCCUUGGGGGUCAGUGAAGCUUCAAGUUACCAUCCCAUAAGUAUGUUGAGUGUCAUGAUAGUUAUAUUCAGUAAAGUUGAUAGAGAAGAGUGACACCUUUUGAUACACAUGUUGUUCAUUGAAAAAAGGUUUGAGGAAAGUCAGAUAUAUUUCCCUGGAUAUUCAAGGAAGCUAUAAAGACCGUCCUUAACAAAGUUUUAAUUCGUAAAAUGACUGGCUCUGCAAGAUGAAGUAGUAUUCUGUGUUCUGAUAGGCUACAGAGGGUGGGUUGGUGGGUGGGUACAUGAUGGGUUUGUGCGUCCAAGAUUGUCCUCAUUGCUUCUUCAAGACCAAAUUCUCUUUUGUCUGUAUAAAUAUGUCCUUUCAUGGCCUACUUGUUCUCUUUGCAAUUUUGAUCAUGCGCAAGGUCAACAUAACUGGAUAUUGAGGACAAAAUACUUUUUUUUAAUAUCCAGCCAUGUAGACCUUGCACGUGGUCAAAACUGGAUAUGUAAAAGUUACAUUCUUUUUUUAGGAACUCUUUUGAUGGAGCCAAUGUCGUCAGUCACUUCAGUAAAUUCUUCAACUGAGGUAUUGUAUUAUUUUAAUCAAAAUAUGAAGAUCGGGCAGCAUUCAGAUGCCAUUUUUCAUUGGAAUAAUUUUUUUAGUAAGGUCAAGGCAGUUUAAGUUGUAAUUUGGAAGAAGGAGAAUUCUAACACCAGAAAGCUCAGAAAAAAUUCCUAGCUCCAAGUGAGAAUCAAACUCACAACCCUCCUUGCUCAGAAGCUCUAACCACUGAGCUACUCGAGGGUCUUUGGCGAACAGGGUCGAAAUUAAAUAUAACUACACCAGUCUUAGAGGACUGUCUUGGGGACUUGCUCAAAAUCAGCCAUCCACCAGUUUACAAGAUCAAGACUGUUCAAUAUAAUUUAAAAGAAGGAGAAUUCCAACAUGCGAAUGCUUGGAAAACAUUUCGAGCUCCAGGUGAGAAUUGAACUCAAUGUUGACAAGACGUUGCAAAACUGAAUUAAUAUCCUGUCCUCAGGUGUCCAGCCUCAGAUAAAAUCCCUGAAAAAAACUACAAAAUGUGUGUAGUUGAAAUUACAGUGUGUUCAAUGUUUUUAUUUGACCAUUGUGAUACUCGUUUCACGUCAAAUAACAAGCUGUUUAUUUUUGUUUUAUGGAAGGUCACUGAGGACCUGAAUACUGACCCUGAGGCAGACAGUGAUCACUUCAUGAUUUUGAUCAUAGAAUCACUGUCACUUCUCGGAAAAAUUCCUGAGGCAAUUGAGGUACUUCAACUAUCUUUUUUUUGUCUUUAUUGUUAAGGAUUCAAAUAUCCAUCACUAGCCACCUCCACUUUGCUGAAUAAUUAUUGUUAUUAUUAUACGUUGUACUCACCAUCUGUCUUCUGAUUGGCUAAGAGCCUACCUAGCUAAUUUUGGAAAUCAGCACAACCUACAGAUUAGUUAGUUAUCUGCUAGCAGAUAACUGACUAAUUUGUAGGUUGUGCGCCCAAUGCAUGAUUUCCAAUAACAAUAUCAAUUCAGGUUCUUUGCGACGGUGUGUUUGUCAUUAUUUUCUUCAAAACAAUGUAUAAUAAAACAAUUAUUGAUCUCGAACUCAGAAUUUUUGUUGGGUUCUCCUCUCCACACAUAUUCUAUAUAUUAUUAAAACCAAAGUUACCAGAGUAAAGCCCCUAAGAGCAGAGAAGAGAACCAGCUACAAACUCAACCCACACAGGUUGCCGAGGCCAGGACUCAAAGUCAGGCCAUAUUGGUGAUAGGAUGGUGCUCUCUCCUGCUUGUCAACAAACAAUAAUAAUAUUAUUCUUACAGGGUGAUUUUUAACGUGAGAGGACUUUGUAAACCUUGCCCUUGGAUUCAUUUGCUAUUGAUUAUAAGUAUUUGAAUUACCAGUUUUGUUUUUAUAAUUGAGCCCAUGGGUAAUUUGAACAAAUUUGUGAUUAAUACUUUUAAAAGAAUCGUUUUAAUAAUAAAACAGUAUAUUUGAUAAAAUUAUAAAUUAUAACACGUGAUAUUUGACUUGUCUUAUUCUUAUUUUUUGGUAGGCAAUAAAGAAACGAAUGAAGAUAGAGAUGUCAUUGAUAAUACACAGAGCAACUACCCUUGUCUCCAAAAGGUAAAUAUAGUUGCUUAUAAAUAAGUUAGUUUAAUACUAGAAUUAUGUUACAGCAAGGAGCCCAAAAGUUGACCUCUUUUAAUUAACUCACAUUCUUUCAUACAGACAAAUGUUAACCAAUCAGAAGUCAAGGACAGUUUCCAGAAUGUUAAUAAAUCAAAAGCAGUCACACUUUUAGGCUCCUUGCUGUAAUUUCCCUCUGGAACAGGAAGUUUGAUUUUUAUUGGGCCACAUUUUUACUUAUGAUUGAAAAUUUAUAAGUUUAAUUGCGAUGGAUAUUAUCAUGAAGCCCAAGAUAAUUUUCUUACAACAUUGAAAACUAGUUUCCUCAUUCUUCUCUUUUCCUUUUUUUUUAGGAUUGGGCAGCCUGGAGAAAUCAUUCUUCAGCAGGUAAUUACAAUGUUUAUACUACUACAUGAGAAAUUUCUGCAAUUUGAUUGGCUUAGAGCAGGGGUAUUUCAGCUUAAUUUGAAAUACCUACAUGUGAAAAUUACAAAACCUUUGUGGGUAGUAGUAUAAACAAAUAAUAGCAUGAUUUGUAUGUGAUAUUUGGAAUAAAUACCACUCGUGAUAUUUCAAAAUUGUGUCAAAUUUCACUCACCUAACGGCUCGUGAAAUUAUGUAUAACAAUUUUGAAAUAUCACUCGUGGUAUUUAUGCCAAAUAUCACUACAAAUCAUGCUAUUACCUAUACAAAUAGCAAAUUAAUCAAGCGAAGACUUCAUAGGGAUAACUGUAAGUACUGUCAUUCUUACAUUAUGGCCCUGAAAUAUAGACAGAAACAGAUAACUUCGCAAGUGAAAAUUCCAGCUUGUCAGGGGUAAACCAGUUGGCUGUUAGAAGUGUGACCAAGGAGUUUAACUCAGGACCUAACUGAGAACAUAUACUGCUGGUAGUGAGGGUGGGACCUGAGCUCUGAGCCUCCAUAUUGCAAGUCCAGCGCUCUAACCACUCAUCCACUUUUCCUCCGAAAAAUAUGUCUCAAAAACAAUUUAAAAGACACAAAGAUUUCUUUAAGCCCCCCCCCCCUCCCUCCCACAAAAAAAAGUUAAAAAAAUUAAUACAGGGAAAUCCUUUUAAUACCGCCACCCUUGUGACUGGGACUAAGUGUCCGUCCUAUGGCGAGUCAAAUAAAAGAACUAAAGAAAAGAAGGGACCAACACUAACUGUCCGUUUUACAAAGGUUGCCCUGUUAUACAGGUGUUCACUNUGGCUGUUAGAAGUGUGACCAAGGAGUUUAACUCAGGACCUAACUGAGAACAUAUACUGCUGGUAGUGAGGGUGGGACCUGAGCUCUGAGCCUCCAUAUUGCAAGUCCAGCGCUCUAACCACUCAUCCACUUUUCCUCCGAAAAAUAUGUCUCAAAAACAAUUUAAAAGACACAAAGAUUUCUUUAAGCCCCCACCCCCUCCCUCCCACAAAAACAAGUUAAUAUAAUUAAUACAGUCAACUCUGUUUAACACGGACACCUUUGGGACUGGCACUAAGUGUCCGUCUUAUGGAGAGUCAAAUAAAAGGAGUAAAGAAAGGCAGGGACCAACUCUAACUGUCCGUUUUACAGAGGUGUCCGUCUUAUAGAGGUGUCGACUGUAUUAAAAUAAUGCUCAUCACCCUUUUAGGAUACAUGGUAAAAUUUCUGGAACUGUAUAGCUUUGCCUUUUCUUGUUUUUUGUUAUGCAUUGUUAUUCUUUUUUUAGAACCAGCCUCAUUAUCUGUUUGAGCUGCUAGAAGUGGUGUUUGACUUGUUUAGGGGUGUGGCCCAUGCUCAUGAGACUGUGCUUUCAGCCAUCAACAGAAUCAUUGUAAGUACUUACAGAUGUACAUUGUACAGGGUACUUUACAGAAGGUUCAUCCUUUACUAAUAGUAUGCACGUUUUGACAGAGGAGGUCACCUUUAAUUUAAUUUAAUUCGUUUCCCAUGGCAAAUCAAAAUCGUGACACGAAAUGAAACAGGUCAGCAUCACAUUGGCAUCAACCAUAGCUGCACCAACCCCAGAAAGGCUGAACAUACCACCGGAUAGCCUGCGUGGCAGGCGUUCGAAAGGGAAGGGGAAGGGAAUUAGGGCGCAAGACCUUUCUCCCCCACGCGCCCCCAAAUUGCCCCUUUCCCUUCCCCUUUUAACACCUGCCACGCAGGCUAACCACCGGACCCCUCUACUUUUUUGCAGAUGGUCAGCACCGAGGCAGUGCGUUCUCCUCAGUCAUUUUUAGAUCCUUAUUGUUCCCUUGUUGUAAUGUGUGGUUUGUUGGUCUGAAAUUAGAUAUACAUCAGGCAGCGGUUGUUAAAAUGUUGGAUAGCACUAUUCACCGGAUAAAUCACUAUACAGUGGGUAAGUAUUACGGAAAUCAAUUACGCUAUCCAGUGGCUAGAGAAUUACCCGGUGGAUAGUGCUAUCCAACGUUUGAACAACCGGGACCAGAACUGUUUGGGUCUGAAAAAGUGUUUUGGGCUUGAUUUUCAGGAAGUAAGCUGUACACCCCACCCAUAUUUACAUGGAAUACCCCCGCCCCCCUCCACCUCUAUGCUCAGUUAUGUUGGCAGCUCAGGGGCACAAGGGCAUAAGCACUAUUUGUCGUAGGUUUGAUUCCCCUUUGGGCACUCAAAUGUUCAUGACAUUACAAAUGUGAAAACUUUCUCAUUGGAAUGCUUCUUACUCUCUCUUACUCUGGUUUUUCUCUUGAUAUCCCAGAAGGCACCAGGCACUCAGGUGGAUUUAGGGGACACAGACAUUUAUACAAUAGAUGUUGUUUGGUCUGAGAUCCAGUUUGCCGUAAGUUGAAAACUUAGCAAUCAUAGCUCAAACCAUCACUGAACCGCUCACAGUACAGGAUUAGAACCAACUUAAUAAGGCCCACAGACACGACCAAUUUCCAAAUGGUAUGGCGGUUUGUUGCCUGGAAACUUCGCAAGAGUUACCAUAAGCAUAUCUUGGCAAACAAGUGUUAAUGAUAAAUGUGCACAAAGGUUAAUCACAGCAAGCUGGCAGAUAAGAAUUAUGUACAGUAGAACCCGGGUAAAUCGAACUCUGAAGGGAAAAUAUGAAAAACAGCUCGAGUUAGCGGGGGUUCAAGUUAAUGGGAUUGAUUGAAUAUUGAAUUCACCACUUCAACAACUGAUAAUUACUGAUUUUUCAGCACUUCAGUGUGUAUGAUACAGUGCAAAUUUGCUUACUUCAUCGAAAAUGCAUUUUUAUGAUAAAACGCGAUCUGUUCGUUGUUGUAGGGUUAGUUUUAGUGGUUUUACCGAUUACACAACAAGAAGAGCUAAUGGGAUGGUUCUUAGAGGGCCACAAGUUUAUCAGUUUUUUUAUAACUGUCACGUGUUUACCCUCUUUAAAUAAAGGCGUUACCUUACCUUACCUUAAACCACUAGAUUCUUAUUAGUGAGUGAUUACUGUAGUCAAAUCUGUGUUACACUGUACCUAAUGUUGAGGAUAAUCAGUAUUGCCCCACCAAAAUAGCUUGUAUAACAGUAUUACUGUUUAUUACAGAUUCAAGUGUUACUAGGUGACUACCUGGAUGUUCAAAACACUGCAACUCAACAAGGGCCAGUGACGUUUUCUGAGUCCGCAAGGUAACCAGGUCUUUUCGUCAUUGCAUUUCUCUAUAUUAUAUAUGACAAUGCACAGAAGUUCACAUUUUUGUGAUAAAUCAAAGAACUUUACAGACCCCAAACAUCUGUAGAUCUUGAUUGUCACAGAUAUCAGAAAGAUUUCAAUCUUUCCAACAAACCUCACGCUGAAAAGAGAUGUCCAUCCAGUCAUCCCCACUAAUGGAAUAUCCGUUGUUUGCUGGGAAUCUGGCUGUCAAGGAUAUUUAUUCGCUCUUGGCAAUUUGCUCUUUAUAUUUUUAUCAGCAAGACAUCUUAUAAGUGGAGUAAUAUAUAUUUUUCUUUUUUCAUUGUUGCUGUUUUUGUUUAGCGAUGUGGCAGAAUUCUUUACACUAAGGAGGCGAGGGCUAUUAAAAUCAGAUGAGCGGGUAAGAUGCCUGGUUUUCACUUUUUUUUAUCAAAAAGGCACUAGAGUUUGAAUAUCUCAAACCUCCGUCUGCUUAUCUCAAGGAUUAAAUCAGCAUUUCACAGGUUCAAUUCCUGACCUUAUUUCAAGGCAAUCUGUAAAUGAGUAGUGGCAUUUCAGAUAUCUUAAUAAUAUUAAUGUCCAAGAUUCUUCCAGGUUUUUUCCACUGUUUUAUUUGUUGAAUCGCCAUAGCCUUGUCGGAAAGUACCUACUGGCUACAUGAAUUUUAUGAUAACUGUCGAACCUAUUACCAUUUGGUUACUAGUCCAUGUGCUCUACCAAUGAGCUAUAGGAGCGUCGCGGAAGCUAAGGCUGGUCAUUAAAUCAGGUUCACGUGAAAAACAAUUUGCAAUACCGCUAAAGGGUGGCAUAUGUACAUUGAUGAUACAAGCGUGAUGGUGAAUUUGUUUGUCCUCGUAACCAGCUUCUAGUGAUUUCUUGCCACCUUUUAUUUUUAGACUCCGCUGUAUCGGUUUGAAGGUUCUUCGUCUGCUAUAAGCAUGAACACGUACAUCAGAGAAAGACGGCAGGAAUGCAUGGCUGGAACAGCGGUA